AAAAGCAGCAUGGCUGAUACGUUUGUGAAGAGCAAAAUCAGGGAUGACAAAGUAACCCUGUUCGUAAAGGCAGGCUGCCCCUACUGCAGGAACGCCAUGGAGAUGCUCAAGCAAUACAGCUUCGCGCCUGGACACCUGCAAGUGUUUGAUAUCAGCGGGCGGGGGGACGUCCAGGAUUACUUCCAGCAAACAACAGGGCAAAACACCGUCCCUCGCGUGUUCAUCGGGAGACGCUGCAUCGGAGGAUUAUCCGACCUGGAGCGCAUGUGCUGCAGGCUCCCCAGAAUGCUGCAGCAGAUCGGUGCCCUGCAGUAGCUGAAGGGAGAAAGAUGAGCAGGGGCUACGACCUCCUCCGUUGGACACAGACGCUCUGGGAGCAAAUCCCUGGCAACUUCCUUCUGCGGGAUCAACUGCGGCCUUUUGGCGAACGCAGCUGCUUUUCCUUUCGCUGAUACGUUUCGCUUCGAUAUGUUAACGUCUCCUCGUCCUUUCUGUAGCUCUGGGAAGAGGUCCAGAGCAUGAUCUGGUUCAGCCCAAUAAAAUCGGCUUGC